ACCGAGCUCCGGGUCCCUUCGGUAAUAGAAUAGCCGAUGUAAUUUGACACUUCAACUUACUGCUCUCUCUCCGAGUCUAUUCAGUUACUCAGUCCCAUUCUCAGCGGCCGUGUGUGUAUGAGAGAGAGAGGGAAAGAGAGAGAGAGAGAGUGUGUGUGUGUGUGUGAGGAAGGGAAGAUAUUUGAAACAGAUAAUAAGAGACGAGAAUUAUUACCGAGGACUUUCUGCCCCAGAUCGCACCCCGGAACAAAAAACUUGAAGUGCUGGAGUGUUUCACCUCCUGCAGUGUGGAUGGGUGGGGGGGGUUCCUUGUGGUGAAAAAUCAAGGAUUAGAAACAAGACAGAACUCUCCAGUUUAAUGGCUGGCAGAUAGAGGCCAGACGGGGACAAUCAACAUGAACUCGAUUCCGUCGAUGGACAGACACAUUCAGCAGACCAAUGAUCGUCUGCAGUGUAUCAAGCAGCACUUACAAAAUCCAGCAAAUUUCCAAACAGCGGCGACCGAGCUGCUGGACUGGUGCGGAGACCCCCGAGCCUUCCAGCGCCCCUUUGAGCAAAGCCUGAUGGGAUGCCUAACAGUGGUCAGCCGCGUAGCAGCGCAGCAAGGCUUUGACUUGGACCUGGGCUAUCGGCUCCUGGCCGUCUGCGCCGCCAACAGGGACAAGUUCACUCCAAAAUCAGCAGCUCUGUUGUCUUCGUGGUGUGAGGAACUGGGACGGCUCCUCCUCCUCCGUCACCAGAAGAACAGGCAGAACGAGCCUCCGGGAAAAGUGCCCAUGCAGCCCCCGAUGAGCUCCAUGAAACCAGGCCUCUCGCAUGGAGAUGGUUCUUUCCCCUACGACUCAGUUCCCUGGCAGCAAAACACCAAUCAGCCUCCGGGUUCGGUGUCUGUGGUGACCACUGUCUGGGGCGUGACCAACACGUCACAGAGCCAGGUGUUAGGGAAUCCCAUGGCCAAUAACAAUAAUCCCAUGAAUCCUGGGGGUAACCCUUUGACCUCAGGGAUGUCUGGUAGCAAUCCGGGUAUGAACUCUCCUCAGUUCACUGGUCCACAGCAGCAGUUCCCCAACAAAGGCAACUCAAACCAAGGGUACAUGCAGCAGGGUAUGUAUGGACGACCCAACUACCCUGGAGGUGGAGGUUACGGUGGAAAUUACCCAGGAGGACCAAAUGCUGGACCUGGUGGGAUAGGCAUCCCUCCGAACUCUCGUCCACCGUCGGAUUUUACACAACCUGCUGCUGCUGCUGCAGCUGCCGCUGUUGCUGCAGCGGCUGCAACCGCAACUGCCACUGCCACAGCAACUGUAGCGGCCCUGCAGGAGACUCAGAACAAGGACAUGAACCAGUAUGGACCGAUGAGUUCCUCUUUCCAGAUGGGACCAAACCAGGCAUACAACAACCAGUUCAUUAAUCAGUCAGGACCCCGUGGUCCUCCAUCUUUACCUGGAAACCUGGGUGCAGGCAUGAAUGCAUCAAACAUGAGUGGGCCUCCAAUGGGAAUGAACCAGCCCAGGGGCCAAGGCAUGGGGCCAUUUGGGGCCCAUGGCCAAAGGAUGCCCCAGCAUGGCUACGCUGGACCCCGGCCUCAAGGCAUGGGCAUGCAGAGCAUGAAAAGACCAUAUCCAGGAGAGCCAAACUAUGGUGGGCAACAGUAUGGACCAAACAACCAGUUCCCCAACCAGCAGGGACAAUACCCCACCCCCAAUGGCUCGAGGCCACUGCCAUCCCCCAGCUACCCUGGACAGAGGAUGCCAGGACAGCAGCUGCAAGGCCAAUACCCUCCACAUGGCGGUCCCAUGGGCCAGUACUAUAAGCAAGAGCCACCAUUCAAUGGCCAAACAAAUAACUUCUCUGGAAGUGGAUACCAAUAUAACCAGGCCAAUAUGAAUGGGCCUCCUAGACCGCUGGGCAACUACCCACACUCACCAGUGCCGGGUAACCCCACUCCACCAAUGACUCCGGGCAGUAACAUCCCUCCAUACCUGUCGCCAAACCAAGACGUGAAGCCACCUUUCCCUCCAGACAUCAAACCAAAUAUCACUGCCCUUCCUCCACCUCCAGCCAGCCACAAUGAGGAACUACGACUGACGUUUCCUGUGCGGGACGGGGUUGUGUUAGAGCCCUUCAGGCUGGAGCACAACCUGGCUGUGAGCAACCACGUCUUCCACUUACGGCCCUCUGUGCACCAAACGCUCAUGUGGAGGUUCCAGGUUAAUACUUCGCACUCAAAUGCCCAGAAUGUUACAAAAAUGUCAGACCUGGAGCUGCAGUUUAAAUGUUACCACCAUGAAGACCGUCAGAUGAACACUAACUGGCCGGCAUCGGUCCAAGUCAGCGUCAAUGCCACGCCGCUCACAAUAGAGCGAGGUGACAACAAAACAUCGCACAAACCGUUGCACUUGAAACAUGUGUGCCAGCCGGGAAGGAACACGAUCCAGAUCACAGUGACCGCCUGCUGUUGUUCGCACCUGUUUGUGCUGCAGCUGGUGCACAGGCCGUCAGUCCGCUCCGUCCUGCAGGGUCUCCUAAAGAAGAGGCUGCUGCCUGCAGAGCACUGCAUCACCAAGGUCAAGAGGAACUUCAGCAGCGUGGCAGCGUCGACAGGGAACGCCACGCUCAACGGAGAAGAUGGAGUUGAGCAAACAGCCAUCAAGGUUUCUCUCAAAUGUCCGAUCACUUUCCGACGAAUACAACUUCCAGCAAGGGGGCAUGACUGCAAACAUGUUCAGUGUUUUGAUUUGGAAUCAUAUCUACAACUGAACUGUGAGCGGGGAACGUGGCGAUGUCCAGUAUGCAAUAAAACAGCUUUGUUAGAAGGACUGGAAGUCGACCAGUAUAUGUGGGGAAUACUGAAUGCCAUUCAAAACUCUGAGUUUGAGGAAGUCACAAUUGACCCAACGUGUAGCUGGCGACCUGUGGCGAUCAAAUCUGACAUCCACAUUAAGGAGGAUCCAGAUGGACCACUGGCGAAGAGGUUUAAGACGAUGAGUCCCAGUCAAAUGACCAUGCCCAACGUGAUGGAUAUGAUCGCUCAACUCGGCCCUGGACCAUCACCGUACCAGUCGAUGCCCUCGGGGCAAGGUGGCAACAGUAGCGAAUAUGGCAGCCAAGGCAACAAUUACCAAGGACACGGGAACUUUGACUUCCCCCAUGGCGCUCCAGGUGGUACGUCAAUGAAUGACUUCAUGCACGGUCCUCAGCUGUCUCACCCACCCGACAUUCCGAAUAGCCUGAUGACGCAAGACAAACCCUUGUCCCACAACAUGCCUGACACGAUACCUCAUUCUGCCGGGCCUGACCAGACGCACGGUCCGCUGCAGCAGAGCUUACAUCCAUCUCCGCACCCCGGGAGCCAAUCAGGGCAGCAGCUACACCACAGUGGCCCCCCUCAGCCCUCACGGCAAGCACCGCUGCCUCAGCAGCAGCAAGCACAGCAGCAACAGCCCACCGCCAACAACCAUCCCCACACCGACCUGGCCUUCAAUCCCUCCAGCGGUUUGGACAGCCAAGCGGGGUCGGACAUGCCCGAGCCUUCGUUAGAUCUUCUCCCUGAGCUCGCUAACCCAGACGAACUUUUGUCGUAUCUGGAUCCCCCAGACCUCCCCAGCAAUAGCAACGAUGACCUUCUGUCGCUCUUUGAAAACAACUGAGAGGCUUUCAGACACCCACACACAUAAACUUUUACCGAUCGCCUGAAGCUUCCCUGAGAAACCGUGGCAGUUACUCAGUACUUGAUCAACACAAAGAUGCACUCCCUUUCUCUUCUUCCUCUUGUACAAUUUACAUUCGCCAGCGCAGAUUGACUGCAAAGAAUCUCAAAGAAACUCAAAAGACACGGCAGGAUUUGGUGGAGCUGCCACGCCCCUCCACGUCCUGUGGUGACACCCUUGACUGUGCAGCUAUAGUUGAUUUUAUUUUUACACCACACACAUGUACGUGUGCUCACUAGUAACAUGUUGUAGCAUUUUUUAAAUAUUUUUUUUUUGUUUUCUUUUGAAGCUAAAAAAAAAUGAACUCAUUGUAUAAAGCAGAAAAAUAACUGAAAAAAACUGUGCUCUCUGGCCAGUGUGUGUUAUGUUUUGUAGUCUGAGAGGCCACAACUUCCUGGUGUCACUGCUCCAUUCCCUGACUGGUCUGGUUAGUCGCACUGUUUUGUCCAUCACCUAAAAGCACAAGAAAUUUUAGCACUGCAAAAAACGAAACAAAACAACAACAAAAAAAAACAUCUUUACAAAAAGGAAUAAGAUCAGUUUUCUAUACAUUUGCUGCCAGCAUUUUAAAAAGAUUUUUGAAAGAAAUUGGCUUCCAUUUUGCCUACAAUUGUUCUGUGUAUUUAUUUCAGUCUGUGAAGUCUGACUGAAGUAGGGAGCAUUUGAAGCCUACAAUAACAGAAAGUACAUACAUGAUGCCUGGUCAUGAUGCCUCUUUUACAAAUGACUGAUUUGUUUCUUAAAAAAACAAAACAAUAGAUAAAAAGAAAGAUUGAAGUUCCUGCCAUGUUAUCUGCUUCCAUCUGCUCUGCAUGAGCCUUAUUUUCUGUAUUUUUGUAUCAUUUCACCUCUCCUUAAAUAAUGUGCUGUUGAGGUAGUCUUCAAAGUGCAUGUGUGCCAAGCCCUUUGUCAAAUGGUGUUUUUUCUCUUUGUCAAAUUUGUUUUGAUUUUAUUUAACACUAACAUUGAAGGUAUCAGUGGUACAUCUGUCAUGUAUCUACUGGUUGUUCUUUAUUUUUAUUUUCCUUCGCUGCUGCAUAAUUACGCUGUCCAUCGUUAUUUUUGAGAAACUGCUCACCAAAGCUAGAGGGAUGAGGAUGAGAAUGUUUGUGUUUGCUCGGUCCUGUGUAAGGCUGCGAGUGCAUGGGUGCGUCUCAAUAAGUUAGAAUAUCAUUGAAAAGUUUAUGUAUUUCAGUAAUUCAUUUCAAAAUGUUUUUUAUUCUAUAGUUUCAUUACAUACAGGGUACUUCAGGCAUUUAUUUUUCAUGCAUUUGAAUGAUGAAAAUCCCAAAGUAGAUUUCACAAACAUGGAAUAAAGACAUGUGGUGACUACAAAGGUCACAUUCCCAGCAGAAGUCAUGAUGGCAGGUCCAACUCAUUUCAAAAAGUCUUAGCUUGGCUGUUUGUCCAAAUGGUUUUUAAUAUUAUGCUGUCUUUUAAUUUUGGCCUCAUUUAUAAACUAUGAUUUGUUGUUUGCUGGCAUGUAAUCUUUUCUCCGUAUUUUUAUAGAAGUUUUACAUCUAUGCAGUUUUCUUGUGUUACAAGCAUUCAUUUUAAAUAUAUUAAUGGAAAGUUUUGUGAAAGGAUAAAGUCUGGUGGGAGAAAAAUGAAUCUUAUAAUAAAUUAGUUUUAAUUUUUAAGUUGAAUUACUAAAAUACAACAACUUUUUAAGAUAAUAUAAUGUAUAGAGAUGCACAUGUAUGUGUGUGAGACUGUGUGUGUAUGUGUGCGUGUUUAUGCACAGGUGAUGGCGAGACAAGCAAUGGUUUCUUCCAUCACUGCUGUGAUUUUCAAAGCAGUAUUGGUGUAAGCCUUUUUCGUUGUUGUUUUUUGAUGUCAUGUUGUUCGAGAAGAGUUGCUUUUCAGUAUGCAAAUGUAUUAUUUUUAAGAAAUGCUAUUGUACUGUAAAUAUCAUUAUGUAUAUUUUUGUAUCAUCUUGAUGAUGUUUGUCGUCGUCCGACCUAACCGCACGCGCUCCCCAUCAGAGCACCAAACUUCUUCAGCAGUUUUAAAAAUCUCAUAAGCUACACCCCAAUGCACGUCGUUCUCGUUUUCUGCCUUUGUGCUCAUCUUCCCUGUGUCAGCUCGAGGUUGUUCUGCUCCACCUUUUUCCAUGUUCUCAGAUGUCAAACACACUCUGAAGCAAUACUUUCGUUUCACACUUGGAUCCUAACUGAUCUCCGCUUCCUGCUAAUAAAUUUUAGGUUAACAUUUGUUCAGUGAUAGUGAUUUUAAAACAAAAGAGGUGUGAUAUCAGCUGGCAUUCAGUGUAAUUAUUGAUAUAUGUGAAUAUCAUGUUCCUAAAUGUCAAUACAUGGUGGUAUUUUAAAGAUAUAUCACAACCAUAUUUUAAAGAAAUUCAUGAUAUUGUUUAUAUUUUUGUUAUAGAAAAAUGUGGGUUUUAACAAAAAAAAAAGCAUGACACCAUUUACAUUUGUAUCCCCCUUUUGUUUGUUUUCGUUUCUCUUUGGUAAAUUAUUUUGUACUGGUUUUAUUAUUAAUCUGUAAGGCUAGAAAUCCAAUUUCUUUCAGCUUGAUUUAAUUUGAACAUUUUUUAAGAUUUUAUCCGUUUCAGCUCUGAGACCAUUGACAUGUUUCAUAUCCAAACAAUAAUGAAACAUAAAAUUCUUAUUAUUUUUUUUAAUGUAUGAAUCAAUCCGAUAAAUAUUUGUUGUCGCCUCAUAAUUUCUUCUUACAUUCAAGUGUGUCAGUUCAGCAUUGGGCAGCAGGCCAAGUGUGCAGUUGCGCAAUCACAUUAAAGGGCCAUUUCUUUUGGGGGAUGUUGUUUAGAAAAAAAUGUAUUAAAAGAAAAAUAUAAAUAAGAAAAAAAACAGAGCAGAAAGGGCCACAUUCACAAAUCUGGCCUUGAAAGGAUGCAGAGGGCAAGGCUUGUUAAAUGUCCCAAGGAUGUCUGUAUAUAUGUAAAUUAACAUAGAGACAAGUGAACAGAAAUGUAUUCAUUUUCCUUUGGGAAUGUGCAUUGUUUCUUCUGAAUAAUAAUAAUAAUAAUAAUUAAUAAAAAAGCUUGCAACACCUCAACUGGAAGUGGCUGACUAUGGAAAAUCAAACAUGUUAGAUUGUGUCUGUGGGUUAACUCGGCAUUUUGCCCCCCUUGCUUUGUAAUAUACUUUCACCCUUUUCUGUUUGGGGGAACUGGAACAGCUAAGUUCUAAAUGUACUAUUUUGCCUGAGUGUUCUAGUUUCACAGGCAUACUCUGAGGUGCUAAAGCUAGAAAAACAACCAGAAUAAGGUUACAAACACAAACAGAAAAGCCACUCAGCUGUGCAGAAUGAUGGUAGUGAAAAUAAUGGGUCCUGAAGAUUGUAACCAAGAUCCAUAAUUUAUAUGAAAAAAAAAAUUAUAUUAUAAAGAUUUGGAAAAUGACAACAAUCUAAGGUGAUUCAUGCAAUGUGGCCAUUGUCUCUAUGUUUGUACAUUGUAUGUACAAUCAUUUCAUACUCCAAACUGGUCAGAAAAUAAAGGAACUAAUUGUGAUUUUUAGUCUUGCAGAACUGUAUGUAGUUAGAUGAUGUGACAGCCUAAUAUUUAUCUAAUAAAUAUGUAUUCAAAUGA